AUGUCUGCUACUGCUCCAAAGAAACAUACUAAGACUCAGUCUACAUAUGUAAGUGAAUACGAUUUCGAAACAAGUUAUGAUAUAUAUUGGUCGCUAGAUUGAUUUAAUUGCGGUCUAACACCAAUUUGAAAACUGAUUAAUUUAGCAUCAUAAUACAGGUAGCCGAUUACUAACAUAUCAUAG